AUGUCCGAAACAGAAGUUGUGCUUCAGCUCCCGGCCGAUGUCCCCGCUCAGUCGACGAGCACCUCCGCUGGCGAUGUUACCGUUGCCCUCGCACACUCAGUCAGCGGCCGUGUCUCAGGCAAGGCAUGGAAGGUGCCCAAGACUGCCACAGUACGGUCACAUCUGCCCGAAGGUGUGAAGACGAAGAAGUGGGAGGAGCGGAUGGAGAAGACUAAGAAGGAACAAGCCAUCAAGAAGCUGCAGUCCGAGCUCAAGCAGGAGAAAGUGGACGACCUCAAGCGCCGCCGCGAGAUCACCACGGAGCGGAAAAAGGCUGCUGAAGAGCGGAAGCGGCUCGAGGAGGCGAAGGAGAAGGUGCACCCGUAA